GUAAGCAACAUAGAAAGCCCGUGGAGAUUCCUAAAAAGAAAAUGAAGAAGAAGAAUUCUGGGGGUUAAAUUUUGUCUGUGGGUACCCAAUGAUUCUUCUACUUCUGUCAAGAUUUCAGCCAUCACCUUCCCUCUUCUUAACCAUUUCCCUUAAUUUUCUCCCAUUUCUCUUUUUCCAAUUUUCACACCCACAUCCCACCAAACCCAAACUCUCUCUCUAUUACUUCUUCUUGCAAUUCUUGUAGCACAGUCUUCUUCCAUCAAUCUCUCAAUAAGCAAUCACAAUGGCCGUUUCUAUCAAUCCUGGUGAUAUUAAGGAUCUUUCCUCAGGAUUUGAAAGAAAAUUGGAGGUUAAAAAUUCCCUUGUGGUUUGUUUUGGUGAAGUUUUGAUAGAUUUUGUGCCAACAGUGGGUGGAGUUUCACUUGCUGAAGCUCCUGCUUUCAAGAAAGCCCCUGGUGGUGCUCCUGCUAAUGUGGCUGUUGGAAUUUCAAGGCUUGGUGGCUCCUCAGCUUUCAUUGGCAAGGUAGGUGAUGAUGAGUUUGGACAUAUGUUGGUAGACAUUUUGAAACAAAACAACGUAGACUGUUCUGGAGUGCGGUUUGACCCGAAUGCAAGGACAGCUCUGGCCUUUGUCACACUUAGAGAAGAUGGAGAACGAGAAUUUCUUUUCUUUCGCCAUCCAAGUGCUGACAUGCUUCUCACUGAACGAGAACUUGAGGUUAAAGUUAUUGAGCAGGCAAAGAUCUUUCAUUAUGGAUCAAUUAGUUUGAUUGAUGAACCAAGUAAAUCAGCACAUCUAGCUGCACUGAAACUUGCAAAAAACGCUGGCUGCCUUCUCUCUUAUGAUCCCAACUUGAGAUUGCCGUUGUGGCCUUCACCAGAAGCUGCUCGGGAUGGCAUAAUGAGCAUCUGGGAUCAAGCCGACAUUGUUAAGAUAAGCGAAGAUGAAAUUACUUUCUUGACUGGUGGAGAUGAUCCCUAUGAUGACAAUGUGGUGUUGAAAAAGCUUUUCCGUCCCAAUUUCAAGCUUUUAAUUGUGACCGAAGGGUCACAAGGUUGUAGAUAUUAUACUCAAAAAUUCCGAGGCAGGGUUGCUGGUAUCAAAGCCAACCCUGUUGACACAACCGGAGCUGGCGAUGCGUUUGUGAGCGGGAUAUUGUUCCGAAUAGCUUCUGACUCAAGCAUUUUUCAGGACGAACAACGGUUACAAGACGCUCUACGCUUUGCAAAUGCCUGCGGCGCCAUCACGGUGAUGGAGAGAGGAGCCAUUCCCGCUCUACCGACAAAAGAAGCUGUCCAAAAAAUUAUGUCCAAUGCCACCACUGUAUGAUUAAAAUUUUAGCUGUGUUUGCUUUGUUGCAAUUAGGCUUAAUGUAAUUUGAGUUUCUUUUCUGGUUAGUUGAGUGAGCUUUGAGCUCAAUUUUAUAGUGUUUUGCCCACAGCACCCUUAACUUCUAAUAAAUGCUAUAUCUUUCCUGUUUUUUCCUCUAGCAGUGAUCUUAAGAGAGCAUAGGUUGUUCACUGUUUUGGGUUGUAAGUGUUAUAAAAAUGUAUAUUUGAUGGAACACAAUUUGUAGUUAUUAGAAGAACAAUCUCUCAAUUCAAUUCACUGUUGAUAAAUUUCAGUAAAUACUGUUAGACUUC